CAUUACAGUAGUAGGCUGGACAAAGCGUCACCAUUUAAUGUGUCACCUGAGCACAUUUCAGUGAAUUCCGUGGACGUGUGCACAUUGUAACCAACUUUUUUUUGUUUCGUCUCGUCUCGGUUUAAAUUAUUUGAUCAAUUGAUAAACUUCAAAGAGAAAAAUAAGGUCUAUUGAAGACAGAAUAGUUGUUGCAUCAUUCGAAACUAAAAUUGGAAACUGGUUACAUCAUCGGAAAAUGGCUGAUCAAUCCCAAACGAAGCGUAAACGAACGAACAAAGUCACCAAAACUGAUGCGGAUGAAACUCCGUCAAAGAAAAAGGCUACAAGCGAUUCAUCUGCUGCCAGGAAGGCUGAAUUUGAGAAAAAGUUCGAAAAUGGUUUGGUCAAACUUACGAACAUUUACAAGCAAAAUGCGACGCAAUCAUUGCAAUCGGCUAAGACAUUGGAGCGCUACGCUGGAUUAAUUACGAAACUGCACGUCACCUACAACGAUAAGCAUCAUCGCUACGACAAAGAAUUGGAGGACGCCAUUAUACUUCAUUGCCGGCAGUCUUUGAUUGAAGUGGAACUGGUUGGUUUCGAUCGAAAUGCUUUCAAUCAUAUCAAAACGCCGUUUCCGAACGUUAAAAAAGUCUGCUUCAGAAGUGGAGAAUUGAGCAAGUUUAUUUCCGGAUUUGACAAAUGGUUUCCGAACGCUUCCAGUUUGGAUUUGAUCGAGUUGAAGAUACUGAAGCCAGCCGAUACGAAAUACAUCGAAAAGAGGUUUCCUGCCCUGGAGCACUUGGGCGUUAUCAACCCACGUCAGGCUGACGAAGACUUCGACUACAAGUACGCAAGCAAAAAGGAAAUUAAUAGUCUUCGCAAGAUAAACAUUUUCACAUCAGUGAAUGUCAACGCCACAAUCAGUAUGAAUCCACAACUAAAGAGUCUUGCGUUGAAACACACGAAUGACGAUCGUCGCGGAUACUACGUUGAUGACACAGAUGGAAUUAAGAUCUCAUCUGACUUUCUAACGUUUCUCAAUGAAACAUUGCCCGAUUUGGAAGGUCUAAGUCUGACCGUCACACAGUUAGACUUCGGUGAUAGAGCAGAGGUGCAUUUCAAGAAUCUAAAACGUCUGACAAUGGCUUUUGAAUCUUCGUACACUUUGAAUAAUUUUAAAUUUUCAACGGAUGACCUGGAAUUUUUGUCUCUUGCUGGUGUGCUGGACAAAGAGUGUGCUAAAUUUGUGUCGCUCAACAAAAAUGUCAAAAAAUUGAAGAUGAGUGGUGUGUGGAAGAAGCCGGGAUUUGACUCACUGCUCCCAGUGUUAUCAACAUUACCGAAAUUGGAAGAAAUCGAAUUGCCAAUGAAUGGUGGAUUAACGGCUGGCCCUAUAAUUCCAAUUCUUAUGCUACCAACAUUGACCAAAAUGGUGGUUCUAAAAGGAGGAGCUUCUGACCAACAAUCGUUAUCGCUACCGAAUGCAUUCGAAAAACAAUUCGGUGGAACUGAUGAGUGGCAACUCAAAAUUGACGAAAACGGAGCCAUCUUUCAGAAAGACGAAGCAACAGGUGAUGCUUGAACAGUUAUGUUACAAAAUGUAACGGAAAAUGAGCAAAAAUGAAUUUUCUUUAUUUGAAUUUGUGAAACAUGUUGAAUGUUUUCUGUUCGUACCUUUUAUUAGAAUUUGAACAAUGAUCGUGUUUCAUUCAUUGUAAACAUGCGUAAUGAUAUUGAUAUUUCUGUUUGUAUUUUUAAGUGAAUUAAAUAAGCAAAUAUGCAAACACUCGUUUUUUCAACUGACAAU